AUGUACUAAUUUAGAUCUUCCAUAUAUUAUGAACCAAGUGAUAGCGGCAGUGUCAAGUCGGUUUAGGUGGGAAAUGCCAAAUAAGAUUAAGUUAGAUAUCUCACAGAUCAAUUAUAAGCAGUGAUUAUGUUUAACGAAAAGCUUGAAAAAGAAAUCAAUACCUUAAAACAAUAAAAUUAACAAUUAAAAUAAUCAGUUGUUGAUAAAGAUAGGUUAAUUUCAGAGGCUCAAGAAUCCUCAUCAAAAACCAUAAGUAAAUUGCAUGUUCUAUUAUCAGAAAACAAAAAAUUGUAAGAAAUCGUGAUUUCUACAAAUAAAAACUUAAAAACUUCCAACAGCAAAGUUCAAUAACUUUAACAAGAAAAUAAUGUUUUAAAAUAAACAAUGCAAUAAUAAGAAGAAUACCAUGUAGAGGAAAUGAAAAAAAGAGCCAAUGAGCUUGAAUAACAUUAUCAGUUGAUGUAAAAUAUUGUUUCAGAUCUAACAUCAUAAGUUUCAUAAUUAUGUGAGGAAAAAUAAAGACUGUAAAAUGAAUUAGACGAAAAAAAUAAAUUACAACAAAAAUGA